UCAUUUUCUCUUAAACAUUUUCUUCACUCUCUCCACACACAACAACUGCUUUUUGUUCCCUGUUGUGCAAAGCAACAUUGAUUACAAAUACACAUACACAUAGGUAGUAUAUCUUUCAAGUUUAUCAUAACAUUGUGAAAAAAUGGAGAACAACCAUAACAAUCAACAAUAUUUUUGGCAAUUCAGUGAUCAACUUCGUGUCCACUCAUCAAAUCUAGCAAACCUAUCUCUCAAUGAUUCAAUCUGGGGAAACAAUUACUCAUCCUCCAAAAAUCAAAGGAGAAAUUUUGAUACCAAACUUGGUGGUGAAAUCAUCAUCAACAACAACAACUCUGUUUCUCUUGGAAAAUCCCCUGUUUCUGAUCAUUUCAAUAAUCAAGGAUCAUCAUUUUUCUCUUUUGAUGUUGCUGUUUCUCCUAUUAAUGGAGGUUUUAAUAAGGGAAUUUAUUCAAAUCCUUCUUAUGGUGGGAAUUUUAAUAGUAACAUGAAUGUUACUAAAGGUGAAGAUGAGAUAUUUCAUCCAUCUAAACCUUCCAAGAAGAAUUCAAACCCUAAUAAGAAACAAGGGGAGAACAAUAACAACAGUGAUGGAAAUAAGAACAAGGAUUCCAAGGCUGCUGCUGACAAGAGAUUCAAGACUUUACCACCAGCAGAGUCUCUUCCUAGGAAUGAAACCAUUGGUGGGUAUAUCUUUGUCUGUAACAAUGAUACCAUGGCUGAGAAUCUCAAAAGGCAACUCUUUGGUUUGCCUCCCAGAUACAGGGAUUCAGUUAGGGCCAUUACUCCUGGGUUGCCUCUUUUUCUUUACAACUAUACCACUCACCAACUCCAUGGAGUUUUUGAGGCUGCAAGUUUUGGUGGAACAAAUAUUGAUCCAACGGCUUGGGAGGACAAGAAGUGUGCUGGCGAAUCUCGUUUCCCUGCUCAGGUAAGAGUGCUUACUAGGAAAACAUGUGAGCCACUAGAAGAGGAUUCAUUCAGGCCAGUUCUUCACCACUAUGAUGGACCUAAGUUCCGUCUUGAGCUGAAUGUGCCUGAGGCAUUGUCUCUGCUGGAUAUUUUUGAAGAACAAGAUACUUCCAACGACUCUUUCAAGGCUGUGUCAGCAUAAAAGGAUGCAAUUUACAAAUUACAAAGAAUAAAGGAAAAGAAAUCGCAAGUCAGAGAGACAAUACUAGAUAGAGAUUUGGGUUUGUUUUUAUAGCUACAGACUUAAAAAUAGAGUCCGUAGAUAUAUAAAAAACAAUUUGAGAGGAUGUUUGGAUAUUCAGCCUAUAUAUUGUGUUAUAGAGCUGCUAUACAUGAUUGUCCAAUUUUUCUUUUGUUUGGGAUUUUACUAUCAUAUCAUAUUUAAGAGAAUACAAUAAUUAUUAGUAUUGAACUAUUUUGCUUUUGGUUUUUAUGCAAAA